CAUCCUCGCUUCCUUUAAUCCCGCUGCUGCAGCCGAGGCUGGAGUUUGGAGUUUGACCUGCUGGAGGCCCUCCCAGAGGCAGGACCAGGGCCCAGGACGCCCCUGCCCUCGACGUGCCCUGCUGUAGAGGAGAGGAGCAGGGUCUCCCUUCUUGGAGCUUCUCAGCCUCUCCCCUCUGAAAGCCCUCGACAGACCUCAGGGGCUUGUGCCUGCAUCUGGAAGAAGGAUUCUAGAACUUCUGCCCUCUCCUGCAGUUCACCGCUGCUCCUCGAAGCUGUUCCGGUGCUUCUAGCCCUCAUCUUCCCCACACUCCACUGCCUUGGAGCAGCAGCAGUGGGUCGCAGUGCUUGGAAACCUACGAGAGCAUUUUCAGACUCGCAGAGCCUGGGAAGUACCUCUGGCAUUCAGCAGGCAGAAGCCAGAGACUGAGACAAGCUGCAAGUGCAGAAAACACUAGCGCUGCACUUGUCAACUCCAGCACCUCUGCACUUGCUCUUCAUGUUCACAAAAAGUGUCCCAAAUAUUGGUAGAAGGCUUUCUCUCCAAUCAACAGCAUGGCAUAUUUGGCAGCUGCUUGGUCUUCAUGACGUUCAAAACCACAAAACAGUUUUGACCGAGAGGGCCGGUUCAGGACCAUGGAGAGCGGCGACGGCAGAGCUCAACCUCCACACUCUGAUCCCCUGGAGCCAUUUCCCCGGAAGAGCUUGGAGCCAGGUGACAUCGCUGUGCUGGUUUUAUACUUCCUCUUUGUCCUUGCUGUUGGACUAUGGCUCCUGCCUUCUUUUCAGUCCACUGUGAAGACCAAGACAGACACAGUGAAAGGCUACUUCUUGGCUGGAGGAGACAUGGUGUGGUGGCCAGUCGGGGCAUCUUUGUUUGCCAGCAACAUCGGGAGUGGACAUUUCAUUGGCUUGGCGGGGUCAGGCGCGUCUGUAGGCAUCUCUGUGGCUGCUUAUGAGUUCAAUGGCUUAUUCUCUGUGCUGAUGUUGUCCUGGGUCUUCCUUCCCAUCUACAUCGCCGGCCAGGUCACCACGAUGCCCGAAUACCUCAGGAAGCGCUUUGGUGGCAGCAGGAUCUCCAUCACCCUGGCUGUGCUCUACCUGUUCAUCUACAUCUUUACCAAGAUCUCGGUGGACAUGUAUGCAGGUGCCAUCUUUAUUCAGCAGUCUUUGGACCUGGAUCUGUACCUGGCCAUAGUCGGGUUGCUGGCCAUCACAGCUCUGUACACCACUGCAGGUGGCCUGGUUGCUGUGAUCUACACUGAUGCUCUGCAGACUGGGAUUAUGCUCAUAGGAGCGUUCACCUUGAUGGGCUACAGUUUUGCUGCAGUUGGGGGCAUGGAAGGCCUGAAGGGAAAGUACUUCUCCGCCCUGGCUAGCAACCGGAGUGCAAACGGCAGCUGUGGGCUGCCCCGGGAGGAUGCCUUCCACAUCUUCCGCGAUCCAGUGACGUCGGAUCUCCCGUGGCCGGGGAUCCUGUUUGGAAUGUCCAUCCCGUCUCUCUGGUACUGGUGCACAGACCAGGUGAUUGUGCAGCGCAGCCUGGCUGCUAAGAACCUGUCUCACGCCAAGGGAGGCUCGCUGGUGGCCGCGUACCUGAAGGUCCUCCCCCUCUUCAUCAUAGUGCUCCCGGGCAUGGCCAGCCGCGUCCUCUUUCCAGAUCAAGUGGCCUGCGCGCACCCAGAAAUCUGCCAGAAGGUCUGCGGCAACCCCUCGGGCUGCUCCGACAUCGCGUAUCCCAAGCUCGUGCUAGAGCUCCUGCCCACAGGACUCCGUGGGCUCAUGAUGGCUGUGAUGGUGGCGGCUCUCAUGUCCUCCCUCACCUCCAUCUUUAACAGUGCCAGCACCAUCUUCACCAUGGACCUCUGGAAUCACAUCCGGCCUCGGGCAUCUGAGAGGGAGCUCAUGGUGGUGGGCAGGGUGUUUGUGAUUCUGCUGGUGCUGGUCUCCAUCCUGUGGAUCCCGGUGGUCCAGGCCAGCCAGGGGGGCCAGCUUUUCGUCUACAUCCAGUCCAUCAGCUCUUACCUGCAGCCGCCUGUGGCCGUGGUCUUCAUCCUGGGCUGCUUCUGGAACCGGGCUAAUGAAAAGGGUGCCUUCUCAGGCUUGAUCUUGGGCCUGCUGCUAGGCGUGAUCAGGUUGGUCCUGGACUUUAUCUACCCUCAGCCAAGGUGUGACCAGCCAGAUGAGCGCCCCGCGGUGGUGAAGUACAUCCACUACCUCUACUUCUCCAUGGUUCUGUCUGGGGCCACCCUGAUCACCGUGUGUGCCAUGAGCUGCCUCACAGAGCCACCCUCCAAGGAGAAGGUCCAUGGCCUGACCUGGUUUACUCGUCACGACCCUGUGGUCCAGAAGGAGCAGGUGCCCCCUGGACCCCCCCUGCCUCCUACCGCCUCUCAGAACGGGGCCCCAGAAGCCACCAGCACCAACGUCCAGUUCGAGAUUGUUCAAGAAAACACGUCCAAAACCCACACCUAUGACGCGACCCCAAAGCAGUCCAAAGUGGCGGGGGUCAUCCUGUGGCUCUGUGGGAUGGAGAACAAGAGCAAAGAGGUGCCCCCAAGCAAAGCGGAGCCUGUCCUCACUUCCUCGGAGGAAAGCCCCCUGGUGAAAACCCUUCUGGACAUCAACUGUAUCGUCUGCAUUACCUGCGCCAUCUUCCUCUGGGGCUACUUUGCCUAA